GUGAACCGCUCAGGCUCGGCGCAGUUUGAUCGUGCACAGCAGCGAGGCAACAUCGUUCGUCGUCUGUUGCAGAGUCUUCUGUUUCGCGGGUCCGAGCUUUUAUUACGGGUAUUUGCGCGCCAACUUUAUCGCUUGACAGACAUCCAAGCAGCACAAAAAAAAGUUAAUAGAACGCGCACUUGGCCAUUUGCUCCGCCACUUCGUCUAGUGCGUGCUGGCAACGGCGUCUACCGUGCAGACAGGAGGGCUGCCGCUACCGGAGAGUGCCGAGUGGUGAAAAGCUCACUUAGUCGAGGAGGAAAAAAGCCCACCCUUAGUGCCAAUAAUGACCACUUUAUCACAUCCCUUCAAAGACAGUCCGGAGCCGCUGGAAGUGCCCAAAGAGCAUGCCGCCAACGUGGACACCCUGUACGAAUGGAUAAAAGAACAGCCACGGUUUCCUGCCUUCUCCAAAAAUCAUGCCCACCUAUUCCUGCACGCCUGUCUCUGGAACGUGGACGAUGCCAAAAAAGCGCUACAGAAGUACUCGCAGAUUCACGCCAACUCGCCGGAAAUCUUCGACAACCGAGACAUCAUGGGAGCAGGUGUGCAGAUGACACUGAACGCCACACACAUGGUAGCACUGCCAAGGACGACGCCGGAAGGCUACCGGUUGCUCUACUACCGACUUUCCGACACGGACCCGUCCAAGAUGAACUUUACCGAGGCGGUGAAAUCGUUCUGCAUGUUCAACGACGCCCAGAUCAGUGUGGACGGCAUUAUGGAGGGGUACAUCGUCAUCUUCGACAUGAAGGGCGUCCGGUUGGGGCAUCUGGCCCGCGUACAGUUUAGCCCGCUGCGAGUGUUCAUGAGCUACAUUCAGGAUGCGCAUCCGGUGCGGCUGAAGAAGAUCUACAUCGUGCACACGGCGUCGUUCAUCAAUCAGGUGAUGGCACUGGUGAAACCGCUGAUCAAGUCGGAACUACUCGGGCUGCUGCAGUUCACGACCGCCGGCCCAGAAGAGAUCGUCGGUGUUGACUACUUGCCGAAGGACUUUGGUGGACCGUUCGAUGAGGUCGCGACAAUGCACGCGGAGCAGAAGAAGCGCCUCGAGACGGAGUAUCGAGAUUGGCUGAUGGAUUCCGGUGCACUGAAGGAAGCGCCCAAGCAGAAAAACUCCAACUCCAACUCCAUCAAACCGCCGGUCAAAGCGUUUCGGGGGCUCGAAAUCGACUAGUGCGGGUGGCUUGGCCAGAUAUCGGUCUGUUCGUGAUAUUAUUGGGUUCUAGUGGAUGCAAUAAAUGGAUAGAAGGGUGUUUUUUUCGUGUUGUUCCAUA